CCUCUGCAUCGCUGUGCAACUGUGCAUGCCGUCUCUCUCUCUGUCUCUCACUCUAAUCCGAAACACAACCACCCGUGAGUCCGUCACCGCUCCUGCUCCCAGUAGUCCAGUACUCUCGCUCCACUCUCCUCGCCGAGUCGCCGUCGCCGCCUCGGCCAGCUUCGGAUUGGGUUCCAGCACCGGGGCGGAUAAUCUGCUGCUGCUGCUGCUGCUGCAAGGUCUCGAAUACCCAGACUUCGAGAGAUGGCAACAACUACCGUCACCACACCAAUUCUCUGCAACCUCAGCGCCAAGCCACGCGACACCCUGCGCCUGCCGACGACGCGUUCGCCGAACGACGGCACGAGGCGAACGACGCUCCACCUGAGCUCGUCAAGAGCCCGCGGCGACUUGAUCCGCGCCGCCGCCGCCGUCUACACGGUGAAGCUCAUCGGGCCGGAGGGGCAGGAGAGCGUGAUCAAGGUGCCGGAGGACACCUACAUCCUGGACGCGGCCGAGGAAGCCGGCGUCGACCUGCCCUACUCGUGCCGCGCCGGCGCGUGCUCCACCUGCGCCGGCAAGGUCGUCGAGGGCGGCGUCGACCAGUCGGACCAGUCGUUCCUCGACGACGCCCAGGUCGGCGCCGGCUACGUGCUCACCUGCGUCGCGUACCCGACCGCCAACAGCGUCAUCCAGACGCACAAGGAGGCAGACCUGUAUUAGUUAGCUAGCUGCGUUGCACUUGAUGAUUUGAUCCAUCACUUUCGAUGCAAUCUUGACACUGUGGUUUGCACAUGCACUUGCCGUUGAAACUAGCCAGAAUUUAUCGUCAUCUUCCACUUGGAUUGAGUUAAGUGUACGUUCUUGUCUCUGCAUUGUUCUCAAUGGAUAUCUCGGAAUCUGUCAA